UUAUAUUCACUCCCGCAACAAAGCAAACAAAACAGCAAAUCUCAAUCUUUAAACUUUGCCUUCCACUUUUGUUGUUCUUUUCUUUUAUUCUCACUCACAGAAAAAUGGAGGUGCUAGCUACUUCUGUAAUUGAACAACUCCUUGUGAAGUUGGCUUCCAAGCAGCUUCGGAAUCUGAGACUUGGAUUUUCGAGGGAUUGGAACGAUGAGUUUGAGAGUUUGAAUGCCAAAAUCUCCAGGAUUAAUGGUCUGCUUCGUGAUGCCGAGAAGAAGCAUUUGCGUUCACCUUCGUCAAUUGAAAAUUGGCUUAGUAAGUUGAAAGGAGUAAUUUAUAGCGCAAAUGAUCUGUUGGAUGAUAUCUACACAGAAGCUUCGAGGAGACAACUGGGGACCGGGAGAGAAAAUGCGAAUGAGGUACGCCUUUUCUUGUCACUCCCAAAUCAUCUUGUUUAUGAUUUUAAAAUGGUCCUUAAGAUGAAAAAAAUUAGAAAUACAAUGGAUGAGAUCCAAAAGGACGGAGCUCAGCUUGGUUUAGAGUGUUUGGAGGAACCUGCAGAGACUGGGAGAAGUGAAGAAAAUGUGUCUGCAAUGGCUAGCAAAUGGACGGAGAGUGAGGAGAAUUCGGAUAAAAUAGUAGUUGGUACACAUGAAGAUAAGCACGCAAUUACAAACUUUUUACUGGAUUGUAACUAUGGAGAUAAUUUGUCAAUCAUUUCAAUAUGUGGAAUUGGAGGAAUAGGGAAGUCAACCCUUGCUCAAUUAGUGUUCCGUGAUGAACAAGUUCAAACACAUUUUGAGCUAAAACUAUGGGUUUCUUUGUCUGAUAUUGCUUUUGAUGCUAAACUCAUAGUUGAAAGAAUUUUAGAAUCUAUUACUGGAAAAAGACAUAAGAACAUCAAGAUGGAUACCUUGAUAGUAUUCCUCCAUAAAAAUAUUAAUGAAAAAAGAUAUUUAAUUGUGUUGGAUGAUGUAAGAGAGGUGGAUGAUGACAGAUGGUUGAAAUUAAAAGAUUUAUUGCUUGGAGGUGCAAGGGGAAGCAAAAUACUAAUUACCACUCGUUCUAAAAGGGUUGCCGGGAUCACAAGAGACCGUGUACAUGAAUUAAGUGGCUUAUCUGACGGAGAUUCUUGGUCAUUGUUAAAUCAUAUUGCAUCCAAACCAGGAAAACCGUUAAAUUUUGAACUGGAGGUACUUGGAAGGCAGAUAGCCCGGAACUGUCAGGGAGUUCCUUUGGCCAUUAAAACAGUAGGAACUGUACUGUAUUUUAAGGAUACCGUGGCUGAGUGGUUAGAUGUGCGUAAUAAUGAGCUUGCAAAGGUGGAUAAGGAAAAGGGUAUCAUUCACACACUUAAAUUGAAUUAUGACUAUCUUCCUUCACAUUUAAAAAAUUGCUUUGCAUACUGUGUGCUGUUCCCAAAGGAUCAUAAGUUUGAUGUGGAAGGGUUGAUUUAUCUGUGGAUGGGGCAAGGGUUUAUUAACUCAUCAGACCCAGAUGAAUGUCUUGAAGAUGUUGGCCUUAAAUAUUUUAGGGAUUUAUUGUGGAGAUCUUUCUUCCAAGAGGUGAAAUGGGAUGCACUGGGCAACAUAAAAAGUUGUAAAAUGAACAAUUUGAUGAGUGAUCUUGCUACCUCAGUGGCUGGGAUUGGGAAUAAGGUAAUAAAUUCAGAUGCAGAAAAUGUCGAUGAAGAAAUAUAUCAUAUGUCACUUGGUUUCCAUUUUGAUUCAACCUGGCAGAUUCCAGUUCGUUUAUUUCGUGCACGACAAUUACGGACAUUUCUUCUGCCAAGUCAAGAAGUUUGGUUAAGCAAUGAAGGAAGAUGGAAAAUUCCAGACUUAUUCUCCAAUUUUAGGCAUUUACAUGUGUUUGAUUUACACAAUUCUGGAAUUGAGAAAUUGCCAACUUCUAUUCACAAGAUGAAAUAUCUGAGAUAUCUUGAUGUUUCUAAAAACGAUCGAAUCAAGUCACUUCCAAAUUCUAUUACCAGGCUUAAAUAUUUGCAAGUAUUGAAACUCUCCGAUUGUGACGAGCUUAGGCAGCUGCCAAAAGGUUUGAGAAAGCUAGUUAAUCUCAGGCAUCUUGAUUGUGAGAGAUGUUGGAAUUUGAUGCACAUGCCGUAUGGCUUUGGACAACUAACUUCCCUUCAAAUGUUAACGUGGUUUGCAGUUGCCAAAGAUAGUUCUGUUUUUAAUCGUAUUGGGGGUAUGAAUGAAUUGAAUGGGUUAAACUUAAGAGGAAGGAUAGAAAUAAGAAAUCUCAAGUUCGUGAAAAAUAUAUCAGAAUUUGGGGCAGCUAAUUUAAGAGAGAAGCAGCGUCUUCAGUCAUUGAGUCUAUGUUGGAAUCGGGAUGAUGAUGACAGUGUAGACAGUGUAGACAGUGAUUAUGAUGAAAAGUCCUUGCAAAGCCUCCAACCACAUCAAAAUCUGAAGAAGUUGAAGGUUUGUGAUUAUCGAGGUAUGAGGUUCCCAGAUUGGCUUUCUUCCCUCACAAAAUUAGUUGAUAUUUGGUUGCAAGAUUGUGAAAAGUGCGAUCGUCUCCCACAGUUGGGUCAAAUCCCAUCCCUUAAAUAUUUAGGGAUUCAAGGAUUUCCUAAUAUGGAGUACGUAGAUCAUGAAGGGGAUAAUUUUGGAGUCAGAGGAAAAGGAUCAACUUUCUUUCCAUCCCUGAAGGAACUCUAUCUCUUGGAUUGUCUGAUCCUGAAGGGUUGGGGGAAGAAUAGGGAUGAUUUAAGGCUUCACUUUACUAGUCUUUCUAAACUAGAAAUCCGUAAUUGCCCUCAGUUGACUUCUUUGCCGCCAUUCUCAAAGCUUGAUGAAAAGCUCUUGUUGGAGAAUUGCAGCUUAGAACCCUUGCAGCAGACAAUAAAGAUGAUGAUUGAGGCAAUGUCGUCUUCUUCUUCUUCAUCAUCAUCGAUGCUUGGCUUCAAAUUGAAAGUCUUAUGGAUUGUGUCGAUUGAGGAUCUUGAAGCUUUUCCUGAAGAGUUGCUGCAGAACCUCUCUUCUCUUGAAGAACUGCAUCUCAUGGAUUGCCCUCGGUUAUCUAGUCUACCUCUUGAGAUGCGUGGGCUCCCUUUACGAGAAUUAGAUAUUAGAGGAUGUGCUCAAAUGAAGGAAAGGUAUGGAACUAGAAAAUGCUCCGAUUGGCCUAUAAUUUCACGCAUCCCAAAUAUUCGAAUUGAUGGGCAAAAGGUUCAAUGGGCGGGCAGCUAUUUAUGGGAACAGAAGGAUUCUUCUAUCGUUACCGCAAGUCCUCUCUCCAAAUUAAAGACGUUGAUAGUUGAGGAUCUCGAAUCUCUACCAGAAGACUGGCUGCCGAAUCUCACUCGUCUUCAGCAACUAUGUCUUGUGCGUUGUCCCAAAUUAAAGUCUUUGCCACGAGGGAUGCUUCAUCUUACAUCUUUACAAAUUUUGGAUAUUAGCCAAUGUACUCUUCACCUCAAGGAAAGAUGUUUAAACAACAAGGGUGUGGAUUGGCUCAAUAUUUCUCACAUCCCACGUAUUAAAAUCGAUGAACUACAAAUUCAAUGGCAAGAACAAAAAGCUAUUGAGGGCGAGGCAGCCAAGAUGUUGAGCUCAGAGGACAUAUUGGGGGUAAAUACAUAUCCUCCUGGGCAUUCCACACCAAGGACUGAGGUUCCAGCGGAAAAGCAUUCUGACCCUGCGAAAAUCACCACAGAAUCCAAUCAACUUGAGGGAGUUCCGGGGUAUCCGCAGCUCGAUCAGAAGUCCUAUAACGACGAUCAGCUAGCAGUUCUUAAGUACAUCUAUGACUAUGAGAACAAUGAUAAUGAGACCCUUUUUGAAGGAGAUAAUUGCAUCCUUGCUAGAUCAAGGAUUGAAUAUUGGAAGCCUAGACAAUGGCUUGAGAACAAUGAUGUUGACGUGGUGGUGGAGGCUGUGAGAAAGGAGGAAGUGCGAGAAAGGAACGGCACGAAUUGGUUCUUUCCAUGCAUCACAUACGAAAGCUACAAGGAAGUUUCAUCCUUUAAGGUAUAUUACGAUGACCACGUACAAAAGUUUGCAGUGACAAGUGAUCUCGAGGCUUGUGAAAAGAUUUACAUCCCCAUCCAUCACAAUGAUCGCCGGCACUUUCUGCUGGCUGUGUUGAAAGUCCCGAAUCAAACAUGCUUAUGGUAUGAUCCGAUGUGGAGUGAUGAAGGUAGUACUCUGACAGAUAAUGAAAUCCUGCCAAUGUUGCUCGAAGGCCUGGACAAUUGUGUACCAGGUAUUAAGACGAAGCCCUUCUUCCCAACUUUCGAAGAAGUAAUCCAAAAGAAUGCUCCUCGGCAACCUAAUGGAUGGGAUUGUGGCAUCUAUGUCAUGAAUUUUCUCCGUGAUUUGCCGGAUGACAGUGGGAAUCAGUCGGGCAAAAUUGUUGUCAAUGUCACAGAGGGAGACCAUGAAAAGUUUUCUCAAGCACUGAGAGUCGAGUGCCUUCUGUGGGUACUUUUCCACGAAGCCAACAAGAAAAGAGAUGGUCUCUUGCUCGAGGCAAAGAAGUUGCAAAAUAAGUUGAUGAACUCUGACAACAAUAGUGAUGAAAAAGAAGCACGUGGAGUUGUGCCCUGAAAGGUUACGAAGAACAGAGUUCAGAAA